AUGAAUUUUGAAGCCGACGGCAUCAGGGUCACGCAGGGCGCGGCGGAACUGCAGAUGAACGCAGACAUUGCCGCCGAGAUGGACCACCUGGACGCCAUCGAGGUUCUCGACGACGACAUCCAGAGGACGGCAGCGGCUGCUGAGGCGGCGCCAGCCACGCCCACCUCCUCGCCCACCUCUUCGACCCCGCCCACGUCGAUCCCCUCCGGCCCCGACCUGUCGGCACAGCUCAUCGCCAGUCGUUUGCGCAGCUCGCGAUCCCCGUGCAAUCUGGCUGAGAAGAGGACGUGGGCCAGCGCCGAUGCACAGCACGCUCGUGGCGCGAUCGCGAAGAUUUCCAGAGAUGCCGUCAAGUGCGAGACCGACCUUCCCAAAAGUCUUCUAGCGCGGCGAGAGCUUGGCCCGGCGGCCGUCGAAACGCUGCACGCCCACAGGGAGGCCGCCGACAACUUCCUUUUGACCCAGCGGUCCAACAUCCUCAGCCUCGAUGUCGCGAGCUUCGCGGAGAAGAGCGAACCCAAGGUUUGGGAGCGGCUCCUGGGGCAGGCGGCCACGAACAUCAUGGAUUUGCGGCGGUCUCCGAUUAUGAGCGACAGAUGGGCCGCUCUAGUCAAGAGCCCGCGCAUUGCGCCGCGCCCUUUCGAAUCCACCCACCCUGGCCGCAACUGCCCGCGGCAUCUUCGCAUGGGACUGGCCGUUUUCAAGCCGCCUUUCAUCGGUUCCCAGUCGAUUCCGAAGAUUUUGGAGCACGUAUUGUCGUUGGCGCAGAUCGCGGCGGCCACGGUCGCGACGGUCGACAUGCUCGCCAAGGACUUGCCCAGGUUCUACGCCAUUAUCCGGGGCCCGACGCUGGGCCAGAUCGUUCGCCGCCCCCCGCAGCGGAGCCGGGUCAACGGCCCUGCGGUCCUGCACCGUGUCUGGCCGCUCUGUUCCCAGAUGGCGGCGCCGUCGGACACCCGCGCGCCGGCCCACCCUGAGGCCUCGUCGGAGGUCCGGGCAGAGGCCCUCGACGGGCGGGCGCUGAUCGACCCAGGAACGGCAGCCGCUAAGUUGAAGUGGGCGCCGUCGCAGCACGGAGGCCGCGCGGCAGCCGCGCCGUCGAUGGCCCCGAGCGCGCCGGCGGCGACCAAGACGAGGUCGACGCCGCCUGCCGGAGCUCGGCGCGAUGGCCACUUCAUGCUGGAUAUUUCUGUCGUUCGCUGGAACGCCCAGGCGCGCUUUGCCUCAGAUCUGGCGCGGCACCAGGCGAGGGCCAACUGCGUCAACGAGUUGAUGAGCCAGGCGGACGCGCGCAUGCUUACCGAGACCCACGGGGCCAAUGCUGGCAACGGGGCCGCAGUGACGGAGGCCGACCUCUUCGGCGUCGGCGGGCCGCACUGGGACUCUAUGACGACCUUGCCUGCCUUGCGCGCGCACGUGCGCAACCGCCACUCUGGCCGGCGAGCGGCGAUGGAGCACCGCGCCAUGCUCGCGGAGACACCAGGCGCCACCCCUAUUCGCAGGCUGCUGGUGUUCAAGGCCACGAUGACGGAGGUCGCUUUCCGGCUCGACGCCGACGCGGGCCGACCACCUGCCGCGACAGACCUGGACGACCGCCUCGGCGUCAAGAUGAAAUUUGCGAGGGCGGUGGAGCAAGGCGGGCAGGUCCUCACCGAGCCCGGGGCCAUGGCCAAGGAGCCGCGCCGGCAUUGGGCGCAGGUCUUCGCUCCGAGGGGUGUCGACGAGCAGCUGCUCAAGGGUUGGCUACUGGAAGACGAGGCGCACGGGCCGGCGGCAGACGCCCUGCAGAUAUUGCGGCGAUUGGCUGAGCUGCCAGAGAACCAGCACCGGGUCGAGAGAUGCCAGGCUUCCGUGGAGGAUUGUUGCAUCUUCCAUCUUUGCGCGGCCUCCACCGCGCUGACCGCCGCGGAGCUGGCGGCGCGCCUGGGCGGCCCCUCGCUGACUGCAAGCGGCCCCGCCGCGGACGAGAAGAAGGACUGGCAGGCCCGGGCCGCGCGAGUCCUCUGCGCCGCUGCUAGGACCCAUAACGCGUGGCGACACGGACAAUUGUGCGCCGACGCGCCAGAUGCUUUCCGCGGCUAUGCACGGGCGGCCGCGUUCGGCCAGUCGAAGCUCCAGCACCUCAUCCAGACGACCGCGAAGAGGCUUCGUGGCGUGGCAGCCAAACGGCAGGCGACGGGCAAGGAGCCGGGCAGUUGGCGGCCAGCGCUGGCCGCGCCAGUCCCAGGGAUGCUGGAGGGCAUGGAUGCCAGCUUCAUCCGCGGGCUCCCGGAUAACGGGGAGGCCGUCUUCCACGACGGCCCGGAGAGGUUCGAGGACUUCGUCGGGUGCCUGCGCCAGGCCGUGGCCGAGCACGCCGAGGGCGGGGCCAGAUUCAGGUCGCUGGACGUCUCGCGGGUUGUGCUGCCCCCGGAGGCUGUCGAGUGCCUGUUCGCGGCCCUGGCCGAGCACGCCGUGCACGUCGACGUCCUGAAGAUGUUCAAGGUCGGGGUGGACGACAACGGGCUGCGGGUCGCGGCGGGCUGGCUGGCGGCGCUCUCCCCGGAGAAGCUGCCGAGCCAGCUGCACCUCUCCCACAACAGGAUCGGCGCGGAGUCGUUCGCCGAGCUCGUUGGCCUGCUCGAGGAGCAGCGCGCCCUCCUGGAGGAGCCGGCCCGGCCGAUCUGGACGCGGGUGGAGGGCAACCCCGGCCUGGGGGACGACUUCGUGCAGGGCCUGGUCGAGACAGCGGCCGAGCGGCGUACGCCGCCAAGGCCUCGGCGGUGGCGCUGGCCGGGGACGCCUGCCUCUGCUUCCCCUCCUUCCACGGCGGCCCGCCCGCCGACGGCACGGACGCCGCCGCCGCGCCCUCCCUCGGAGCUCCAGCAGUGUGGACGCCGCCGCCAGGGGUCGAAUGGCCGGCGGCGCACCCGCGCGCCGCCAUGCCCCCAGCGGCGAGGCCGCGUCCGAUGCAGCCGCCGCGGGCGCGGCCGGGCGCGGCGGAAUGGCAGCCUGCGCCGCCGAGCUUGCGGCCUCAGCAGCAGCGGGCACCGCAGCUGCGACCGCAGGGUCGGCUGCUGCAGCCAGGGGGGCCCAGGCCGCCGGCGGUGCCGCCGAGGCUGGUGGCGCCCAGGAGACCCCAGCCGCCCUCGGGGCCGCCGCCGGCAGUGGCAGCGAGACCCCGGCAGCCGUCGGGGCCACCGCCGGCAGCGGCGGCGAGGCCCAGGCCGCCGUCGCAGCCGCCGCCGGCAGCGGCAGCGAGGCCCAGGCCGCCGUCGCAGCCCCCGCAUGCGGCCGCGGCGCUUCUUGCCAUGCAGGGGCGGGCAGGCGGCUGCAGCCCCAGGCCGCCCGCGCUCCGGCCCCCGGCGAGGCUGA